UCUGCGGAGAGACAAGGGACGCGGUUCUGAACUGCUCUUAGUUCAACGCUCUGGGGAGCAAAGCUGCCCCGGAACAAAACAUUCCGUCCGUUAGCGGAUGUUUUCCCACACUGCUAACGCUUCACCUACGUUUCACGUGCUGCAAUAGGGAGUUGUUUGGCUUUCUCUUGCCAAAUGAAACUCCCGCAUCACCAGCAUGGCCACGGCAAUGCUGGAUGGGCGUUUUAUAGACGUUACACGAUUCUACAGUGUUACCAAACUCUGCCGUUGGAAUUGGGUCCAUCCUUUUGAAACGCCCCGUAUUUUAUCAACAGGGAGUGAUAAAAACACCCACAGCCCCGCACCCAUAAAAACCCCUUUUUCUAGCCCAAAAUUCAAUGUGCAAAUCCAGCGUCAAAAACCAACGGACACAAAAUCCCACGUUUGGAUUUGGGGCUUAUUUGGUAUUUUCUAGAGGUUAUGUCAAGCGCGUUCUUCAGCAACAAUAACAAACCGUGUUCAUUUUUGGCAACCGUGCUGUUUUCUAUUCAUAACGGUUGACCAGCCCCACGGCUCUUUCUGCACAAACUGCCUCCGUAAGGAAAGGGAAAACCCCAAAAUUACUGAAUUAUUGUCAUAACAACCCCGGCAAGAGCUGGUAAAGCCCUAAACGUGACUGAUUUUCCUGCCUUCAUUCCACAGCGCUAACAGGACACACAGAAAAGGAGAAAUGCUGAAAGCUCCUUAUUCUAGUAUCUUUAUCUUAAGGUGGGUUUUGUUUCUGCCGCAUCCCCACCGAACCAGCUCUUGGACCUUCAUUUCCUGCAGGUCCGACCGGACAGUUCUAGAAAGCACCAAAUAAAUCUCCGCGAUCCAUCGAAUCAUCUCGGCGUUUCAAUUUGGCUCCCAUCGUGUUCUGUGGCAAAAAAUUCCUGCUAAACCCAGUUUUAGUGAAGGCUUUUGCAACUUCCAAAGCACUCUGCUCCGUUUUCAAUGGCACCGCAGCGUCUCCUCCUCCAAAAGGACAGAACCGUGCUGGGUUUAUUCCAGUUUGGUAGAAAAGAUCUUUGUUGUGGUGUGAUGCUGAUUUAACUGAAACAAAACCAGCUUGGAUGACAUGGAAUUAUUUCGCAAUGAGUGCAAAAGGAUUGAAAACGUCCUCUUAAAGCUGCUGUUUGCCAAUUGUACCUAACGGUUAAUGGUGGCCAAUGAUUAAAUUAUGACGGCGCGUGGCUCUUGGAUUCCAGGAAACACAAAGGUGCGCCCCGGGAUGUCGCUCUCGCUGAAGAUGCUGCCGUGUAAGAAGAGGCGAGCGGCGGCAGCCGGGCCGCAGAGCCCGCGGGAGGACGGCGAGCUCCCCGCCGCCGCUUCCCCCUCAGCGGGCGCUCCCGAUGGCGGCUCCUCCGCCAAAGCCGCCCCGGCAGCCCGGGCCGGCGUGUGGAGAGUGCCCGGGGAGGCCGCGCUGAAGAGGCCGCCGGGCAGCGCUCCGGAGGCGCCGGGCGCCAGGGAGGCCUGUGCCGGGCCCCGCGGCCCCGACCCGGCGGCGGACGGGAGAGCGCCGAGGCCGUUUGCAGAGGCGGAGGCGGCUCCGCAGAGGGACCCGUGCCCGGCCGAACGCGACCCCGCGGCAGCGGCUCCGCCGAGGGGCCCUUUGCCGGCCGCCAGGAGCCCCGCGGUGAAACCGCCGAAGAGCGGCAGAGCUGAGGAGCAAGAUGGAGAGGACAUGGAGAGAAGGAAGAGGAGGAGGAAGGCGACCAAACGGAAGAGGGAAGGGAAGAGUCAAGAGAAGGAGGGCUCUUUGUCUUGCGACAUCAAGCUGGACGACACCCUGGAUCGCACCUUAGAGGACGGAGCCAAACAACACAACCUGACGGUCGUUAACGUGCGGAACAUCCUGCACGAGGUGAUCACCAACGAGCACGUGGUUGCCAUGAUGAAAGCGGCCAUCAGCGAGACAGAAGACAUUCCUCUGUUUGAGCCCAAAAUGACUCGAUCCAAACUGAAGGAAGUUGUGGAGAAAGGAGUGGUGAUUCCAACGUGGAAUAUUUCUCCAAUUAAGAAGGCAAACGAGGUGAAGCCCCCUCAGUUUGUGGACAUUCCUCUCGAGGAAGACGAUUCAUCUGAUGAGGAAUACCAGCCUGAUGAUGAAGAUGAGGAUGAGACCGCUGAAGAGAGCUUAUUAGAAAGCGACGUGGAGAGCACGGCUUCUUCUCCUCGGGGCGCCAAGCGGUCCAGGACGCGGCGAUCGUCAGACGAAGAGGGAGGGGCGCUGUGCGAGAUGGAGAAGGCGCCGCCGCUCGUCAGACACAUCAGCGCCGAAGUGGUUCCCAUGGGGCCCCCCCCGCCGCCCAAGCCCAAGCCGAGCAGGGACAGCGCGUUCAUGGAGAAGCUGCACGCCGUGGACGAGGAGCUGGCCUCCAGCCCCGUCUGCAUGGACUCCUACCAGGCGCUGGACGACAGCCUCAUCGCGUUCCGCACGCGCUCCAAGCGCCCGCUCAAGGACGUGCCGCUGGGGCAGCUGGAGGCCGAGCUGCGCGCGCCCGACAUCACCCCCGACAUGUACGACCCCAACACGGCGGACGACGAGGACUGGAAAAGAUGGCUGGGGGGGCUCAUGAACGACGACGUGGAGAACGAAGACGAAGCGGAUGACGACGACGACCCCGAGUACAACUUUCUGGAAGAUCUGGACGAGCCAGACACAGAAGAUUUCAGAAACGAUCGCGCCGUGAGAAUUACCAAGAAGGAGGUGAACGAGCUGAUGGAGGAGCUGUUCGAGACGUUUCAGGACGAGAUGGGUUUCUCAAACAUGGAAGACGAGGGUCCGGAAGACGAAGAUAACGUGACGGAGUCCCGGCCGAACUUCAACACGCCGCAAGCGCUUCGGUUUGAGGAGCCUCUGGCCAAUUUACUGAACGAGCAGCACCGGACGGUGAAGGAGCAGCUGGAGCAGCUGCGGAUGAAAAAGUCGGCGCUGAAACCACCCCAAGAGAUGGAAAAAUCCAAACCCGCGAGCGAGAAACCGCUGCAGAGCCUGGUCCUGGACCCCGCGCAGCGCCGGAGGCUCCAGCAGCAGAUGCAGCAGCACGUUCAGCUUCUGACUCAAAUCCACCUCCUCGCAAGUUCCAACCCCGCGCUGAGUUCAGAAGCCGGGACCACCAGGAUGUUUCUGAGCGAGCUGGGGAACUUUGCGCGCAGCUCCACGCUGCUGCGCCAGCCCUUCCAGCCGCGCUUCCAGACGGCGUUCCAGCCCUGCAACCUGCCGCCCGCGCUGCGCCUGCUGCAGGACUUCCACGCGCACGUCCCGCCCGACUGGAGCCCGCGCAAGAAGAGCGCCAACGAGUUCCCGUGUUUGCCGAAGCAAAUCGCGUGGAUCCUGGCGACGAGGAGAGUCUUCAUGUACCCGGAGUUAUUACCCAUCUGCUCCUUGAAAGCGAAUCCUCCCCGGGACAAGAUCAUCUUCACCAAGGCCGAGGACAAUUUAUUAGCUUUAGGUUUGAAACAUUUUGAAGGGACAGAGUUUCCCAAGCCGCUGAUCAGCAAAUACUUGUUACCGACCAAAACCGCCCACCAGCUGACGGUGCGGAUCAAGAACCUCAACAUGAACCGGGCCCCCGACAACAUCAUCCGGUUCUACAAGAAGACGAAGCAGCUGCCAGUUCUGUUCAAGUGCUGCGAGGAGCUGCAGCCCAGCGAGUGGCGGGCGCCCGUGGAGCACGAGGAGCAUCGCCUGCCCUUCUGGCUCAAGGCCAGCUUGCCCUCCAUCCAGGCAGAACUGAAGCGCUUGGCAGAGGACGCCAGGGAGACACCCGCUUCUCCUGCUGCGGAAUCUGCCUUUCUGGGGACGGGAAAGGAAGCUCCCGACGCGGAGUGUGACGAUAAGUACCCUCUGCUCGUGCCGAAAGGACUCGUGCUGACGCUGAAGCCCCUCGCCAACCGCUUCUCCCGGCGAGCGUGGAGGAGGCAGCGAUCGUCGGCGCUCAAGCCCGUCCUCAUCCGCCCCAGCCCGUGCCUGCAGCCCAACCCCAACGCUCUCAACGUCCAGAAAACCCUCAAGCUGUCGCAGUCGGAAGCUCCUCCCAGCAAAGUGAUGGUUCAGAUCCCCCAGCUGAUCCAGACGGUGUCGGGGGUGCAGCCCCUGGGCGUCCCGGCCGUGCUGGGCAACGGGGACACCUUGGAACUGCAGAGCGUCCUCUCCGCUCCGCAUCCCGACUCCAGACAAACCAUCUCCACCACCGUCCCGCCCGCUCUGGUCUCCAAUCCGGUCGCUUUGCAGCCCAAACUGAUGCUGCCGGCUUUAGCUGGAGCAAAAAUGCGCAAACCUUGCGUUCGGAAGGGAUACCAAAGGAAAAAAGGGACAAAACCUGCCCCGCUGAUCAAGACUCCACCGUUGAUCCAGCCGUCCCCCGUCAUCCUCACCGUACCCGCGACCACAGUCAAAGUGCUUAAUAUCGGCAACGGCUGCAAUAUGAUCCAGCCCAUAAAUCCGACGGUGGGGCGAGGCCCUCAGGCUAUUCCGGUUACGACUUUAUUGGUAAAUCCAUCCACUUUCCCCUUAAACCAGCCGCUGGUCACGUCUUCAAUCCCUUCCUUGAUAGUCUCUCCUAACCCUGUGGGUCUGUCUGCGUCGCCUGGGGGUGAAAACGAAGAGCAGCUCAACCUGGUUCCUCCCUGCGCUGUCGGCAGCAACAAACCCGUGAAUCCCGCGGCGGAGCCCAAGGCCGAACCGCCCGAGCUCUACGUCCCCUGCUCCCCCGACACGGAUCGCGGCGCAAAUCCCACCAUUUCCAACCAGGAGAAGGUAAAUCAGAGCGACUGCUGCGGCUGGGCCGUGGCGGGAGGAGACGCCGGCGCUCCCGAGCCGCUGCCCGUGGAGCUUCUGCAUCGUUUAGACGAUGAAACGGUGAAAACCGAGCCUGGAGAGCCCAGCGACGCCACCAAGGAGAUCAACCCGGGACAGAAGCGGGAUCUUCUACGCACCGAAGAGAAGGAGGAAUUCGUGCUGGGUCUCGGGCAGGAGCUGAACGUGGAGGCGGCGUGUUCGUGUUCCGACCCCACCGAGAUGCAGAAGGAGCGGCCGCCGUGCGGCGAGCGGGGCGAGGAGGAGCGGGCGGCGCCGGCGUCUCCGCGCGGGGAGCACGCGGACGCCGCGGCGGGAGCACAAACGGGCUCCCCGAGGAACCCCCCGUGUGCCGCGGAGCCCGAGGCGGAAUUCAGCAGCCCCCUGGGCAGACCCGAGGACUCGUCCAGCGUCGACGGGCAGUCGGUCGGGACGCCGGCCGGGGGAGAGAGGGAAGGGCAGGAGGAGGAGGAGGAAGACGACUUUGAUGAUUUCACGCAAGACGAGGAUGAAGAAAUGUCGUCGGCUUCGGAAGAAUCGAUUCUUUCGGUGCCAGAGCUUCAGGAGACAAUGGAAAAACUGACGUGGCUCGCAACAGAGAGACGCUUGAGCCAAGAAGGAGAUUCCGAAGAAGAGAAUUCGCAGGAAGAGAACUCGGAGCCCGAGGAAGAGGAGGAGGAGGAAGGGGAAGGAGCAGAGAGUUUGCAGAAGGAUGAGGAAACGUCUGGGGAUCUGUCGGAGGAGCCCAAAUCCGCCUUCCCGCUGAGCACGGCGGCCCCGCAGGUGGAGGCGCUCCGGGCGCCGGCAGGAGAAACCACGAAGGCGCCGGGGAAGGGCCGGAGCUCCCACAGGACCAGGAGCAAGAGGGGCCGGAAUCGCGCCAGCAAAGACACGUCCAAGCUGCUGCUCCUGUACGACGAGGACAUCCUGGAGAGGGACCCGCUGCGCGAGCAGAAGGACCUGGCGUUCGCACAGGCCUAUCUGAGCAGGGUGCGCGAAGCUCUGCAGCACGUUCCUGGGAAGUACGAGGACUUUCUGCGCGUGAUCUACGAGUUCGAGACGGGCGCGGACAAACGGACGGCCGUGGAUCUGUAUUCCACGCUGCGCAAGCUGCUGCACGAGUGGCCGCAGCUGCUCACGGACUUCGCCGCCUUCCUUUUGCCAGAACAAGCUCUGGAGUGCGGGCUGUUCGAGGAGCAGCAGGCGUUCGACAAGAGCCGCAAGUUCCUGCGGCAGCUGGAGAUCUGCUUCGCCGAGAACCCCGCGCACCACCAGAAGAUCAUCAAGGUCCUGCAGAGCUGCGCCGACUGCGUCCCCCAGGAGAUCGCCGAGCUGAAGACGCAGAUGUGGCAGCUGCUGAAGGGACACGACCACCUGCAGGACGAGUUCUCGGUGUUCUUCGACCACCUGCGGCCCUCGGCCAGUCGCAUGGGCGACUUCGAGGAGAUCAACUGGACCGAGGAGAAGGAAUACGAGUUUGACGGGUUUGAAGAGGUUUCAUUGCCGGAUGUCGAAGAAGAGGACGAACCCCCCAAGAUGCACGCGGCCUCCAAAAACAAGAAGCGGAAAGAGAUGGGAGGGCAGAGCAACGACAAGGAGGUCGAGUGGGCGGACGGGCCGAAGGAAAGUUCGUGUUCGUGUUCGUGCCACGACGGGAGCGGCGACCUCAGGCUGAAGAAGAGCAAGCGCCGGAGCUGCGGCCACUGCGGCGCCAAGGCGUGCGAAACCAGGUUUUAUAAGAGUAAAGAGUCCCAGGAGCUGCCGGCGAACGUCGCUGCGCUGGAGUCGAGUCCUCGGAGGGACCCGGGGCCCUGCGGGGACGCGGCGGACGAGGCUGCGGAGAGCAGGAAGGCCCCGCGCAAACCCGAGGCCGCAGGUUGGCACCCGGAGGGGAAGGUUCUCCCCGGCAGACCCGAAAAGGCCGCGCCGCCCCAUCCCCGCGGCCACGAAGGCGCCAGCGCAGCCACGGCCCAGGACGGUGCCGCCCGGAGCCCCGCGGGGCCACCGGCACAGCAACCCGCUCCCACGCCGCCUCGGGAACCCAGCGCCGCGGGGCCGGACCCGCCGGGGAGCAACCGCGAUCCCCCGGGGGCUUCAGCACCCCCCGGCGCGAGCGCCUGUCGGACCGAAGGGCUGAACUCCGAUUUACCGCACCAUCUCGGCUUCGGCGCCCGGGAACUGGCGGCGGCGCCUUCGCCCGCGGGAGGAAACGCCAAAGCGAAGGGCCGGACCCAACCCGGCGGUUCGGCUUUUCCAGAGGGCGGGUUGAGGCCGAACGGCCCCGGGCAGCCGGAGCCCAGGGACGAGGAGCAGCCGCCGCCGCGCGGCGCCGAACCCACCGUGUGCGCCAAGAACAGCACCGUCAGCUCCACCGGCGAGAAGGUCGUGCUCUGGACCAGGGAGGCGGACAGAGUGAUCCUGACCGCGUGCCAGGAGACGGGCGCCCACCCCGACACCUUCCGCGCCGUGUCCCACAAACUGGGCAACAAGACGCCCGGUGAGGUGUCGCGGCGCUUCCGGGAGCUGAUGCGGCUGUUCCACACGUCCUGCGACGGCAGCUCCGAGGACGAGGAGGACGCGACCAGCACCAGCAACACGGACCAGCUCUCCGACCGGGACCUGCUGCUCUCCGAGGACGAGCCCGACGACUGAGGCGGAUUUUCCCCCGGGGGAUCGUCCCGUUUGCUGCUACGCGGGCGCCGCGGAAGAGGAAAACACGGUUGCACAGGGCUUUUCCACUUCCGCUUCUCCCUUAUCAAACUCAUGAAUGAAGGAGCAUUUGUGGGGCAAUAACGUCCCGGAGAAGAGCAAAACGAGAGGAGGAACACGUGGAUGCUGACGGGACUGAAAAACCCUGUAAAUAUUGUACCAUAAUGCGAACAAACACAUCAUUUUUGGUUUCUAAGUUUCCCCCCGUGGUGAUUGUACGAGCAGGAUUCUGUAUUUAUUGUGUGGUUUUAUUCGAACAGGUGGAGCAAAUUCA